CAACACUUGCAUGCGCCCAUCACAUGGCCUUGUCCUGCGCCGACACGAUGACGCCCUUCCCGUCGUCUCGCCUAUAAAUCCAGCGAACGGCUCGCCUAUAAAGCCACACGUAUCCACCACCAGCUGAGCACUGCAACAUCCAUAGCAGACAGCAGCACACGUUCUCCAAACCUCCAGCUGAAAAGCAAUACCCAGCCAGAACCAUGGCCGGCGCCAAGAGAUUUGCUCAGUUGGCCAAGAGGCUCACCGUGACGGCCAAGGAAGACCAAGGAUGCUGCACCUCUGCACCGGCUAAGGGCCGCUGCGUCAUGUACACGGCCGACGGGAGGCGCUUCGAGGUCCCGCUGCUGUACCUCGGCACAACGGUCUUUGGUGACCUCCUGAGGAUGUCCCAGGAGGAGUUUGGCUUCGCGAGUGAUGGCAAGAUCACGCUGCCCUGUAAUGCCGCGGUGAUGGAGUACAUCAUGUGCUUGCUGAGGAGGAAUGCCUCUGCCGAGGUCGAGAAGGCGGUGCUGAGCUCUAUGGUGACACCUUGCCACUACACUGGCUCUGUGAUGCCUACCGUUGGAGCCGGCAAUCAGAUUUACUGUGUGUAGCUGCUGAAGAACAGCAGGUUUAGAGUAGUUUGCCUGGAUAGUGUACAAUUGUUAGAUAGCAGACAAUAGGAGAAGGAAAAUUGUAUGUAAAGCAAUGUGAUCAUUACAGCAACAACCAACAGGAAUGUGGUCAACCAGCAGUUGCAGCCA